AUGAGCGCGGUGAUGUGGAGAAUCGUGAGCAGUGGCAGUUCGUCGAUUUUCCGUCAAAGCAAACGAAAUCGUCUCGCCGUCACUGUCCGUACGUUUUCCGCUACCUCCGGUCUCUAUGGCUUCCCCCAUUUGAAGACCCCCAAAGGCUUUCAACCUUUCGUCGAUGAAGCCAUUCAAAGGUCUGAAGAACUCAUCAGGUACAUUUGUACGAAACAUCCAGCUGCUGAAAUAAUGCGAGCAAUGGAUGAGAUUUCUGACACUGUAUGCUGUGUUGUUGACUCUGCUGAAUUGUGUAGGCAUACCCAUCCUGACAGAGAGUUUGUUGAGGAGGCCAGCAAGGCAUCAAUGAGAAUUAAUGAAUAUCUACAUUAUCUGAACACAAAUCAUGACCUAUAUGGUGCGGUUAAGAAAGCUGAGCAAGAAUGUCAUAUGCUUUCUGAGGAAGCUCAAAGGGGAGUUAGAAACUUACGGGUUGAUUUUGAAAGGGGUGGUAUUCAUCUCUACCCUGUGGAACUACCAACCUUUGAUGGGAAUGGUAUGUUGGGAUGGAUUGCUAAGGCAAAGAAGAUGCAACUUGCUUUUAUCAGGAUGGCAGCAAUGAUAAUGCAUCAGUUUUGUUCCUUGAGGAAGAAAACCCUUGAGUCAUCAUGGAAGGACUUCACAAUGAUAAUUCAGAGGCUUGGUGGAAGAAUCAUUGCUUCAUUACUUUUUCUCCACAAAAGUAGUCCGUUGUACAAUGAAAAUAUUGUCAUGGAACCAGGAAGUGUUGAUAUAUAUCCUUCUUCUCGCAUACCCAAGAAUUUGCAUUAUCUUGCAAAGCCUAUACAUAGUUCAGAAUCUUCAACAACCAAGGAUUUAUCAGGGUCCAGGGGCACCCUUAAAGAGAAAGGAUUUCGGAUUACAACAGACCCACAAACUGUUGCUUCUGUACUACAAUUUUCAUCAGAUGAUAAGGUUAGGAAAAUGGUAUAUAUACAAGGAAAUUCAGUUCCACAGGCAAAUGUUGAUGUCCUCAAAAGGCUUAUAUCUGCUCGGCAUGAGCUAGCUCAGAUAAUGGGGUGUAGUUCUUAUACUGAAUUUUCGAUUAAGCCUAACAUGGCUUUAUCACCAAAAGUUGUAAUGUCAUUUUUACUCGAAAUGAGCAAGAUGGUUCAGUCUAAGACUAAUGAGGAGCAUAAGCUACUCACGAAAUUCAAGAGAGAAAAAUGUGGUCAAAAUGAUGGAGAUUUAAGGCCAUGGGAUGAGACCUAUUACAUGACAAUGAUGAAGUCCUCUGCUUACAAAUUGAAUGCUUCGAUUGUAGGUUCAUAUUUUUCUCUCGCAAACUGUAUUGAGGGUUUGAAGGUCCUGGUUCAGUCAUUGUUUGGUGCAACCUUUCAUAGCAUCCCUCUAGCACCGAAUGAAUCUUGGGAUCCACAAGUGCUUAAACUAUCUCUUCAUCAUCCCGAAGAGGGUGACUUGGGGUAUCUGUACCUUGAUUUAUACUCGAGAAAGGGAAAGUAUCCUGGUUGUGCUCACUUUGCAAUUAAAGGGGGCCGGAGGAUUUCUCAAACAGAAUAUCAACUUCCAAUUGUUGCUCUUGUUUGUAACUUUUCGGGUUCUCAGAAUCCAUCAGCUGUAAGGCUCAAUCACUGGGAAGUAGAAACACUAUUUCACGAGUUUGGACAUGCUCUUCAUUCUUUGCUUUCAAGAACGGACUACCAGCAUUUUUCGGGCACCAGAGCAGUUCUAGAUUUUGCAGAAAUACCAUCCAACCUGUUUGAGCAAGCAAGUACAGAUGAAGGAAUGGUAUUCAGGAGAGAUGGUAAAUUGUCCAAGGAUUAUGUCAGAUACUAUGCCUGGGAUUAUCGAGUUUUGAGAAAAUUUGCUAAACACUAUUCAACUGGUGAAGAAAUUCCUCAGAAGUUGGUUGAGUCAAUGCAGGGUGCCAGGGACAUGUUUGCUGCAACUGAACUGCAACGUCAGAUCUUCUAUGCUCUUGUUGACCAGACACUUUUUGGAGAGCAACCACUUCCUCAUGAUGAUAUUAGUUCUGUUGUUGCUGAACUGAAAAGAGAGCACACCAAUUGUGAACAUGUGGAAGGCACACAUUGGGAGACCCGAUUCAAUCAUCUACUUAAUUAUGGUGCAGGUUAUUAUAGCUAUUUGUAUGCCAAGUGUUUUGCUGCAACCAUAUGGAAGAAACUGUGCCAGGAGGAUCCACUUUCACCAACUACGGGAUUUGCUUUAAGAACAAAAUUCUUACAGCAUGGUGGAGCCAGAGAACCAGCUGCAUUGUUGAAUGAUCUAAUAGGGGAUGGGAUAUACAGGUAUCAUGAUGGAGGGAUAAUGCCCGAUAUUUCAUGUCUUUGUGAUGAAAUGAAGUUGGUUGAAGAAUAUCGGCGGCAGGUCCAUUUGGUGUGA